AUGAUUCCUCUUCAAGAUUAUGAAUUACUGAAAAAUCUUGAACAUGAAAUCGAUGACUUGUUACAAAAUGAGAAGGAAUUUUAUGAUGAAGAGAAUGAUGUUUCAUGUGCCUUUAUUCGAUUGAACACAAGAUCUCCAAAAGAUGCUGCCUUCUCAACACAAAAAAUUAAACAAAUAUUGAAAAGAAAGUUAUAUGAAAAAUCCAUGCAAUACAGAGAGAAUAGAUUGCUGUCAAAUGAAGAGAAGCAAAAUGAUGAAUUUAUAUCCUUUUUUGAGUCACAAGUGGGAGUGAUGAAAUUUGAAAGUGGAGCUGAAGCAUUGGAAAUGAUGACCACUUCUAAUAGAGUCUUUGAAGAUUUAUCCAUUGCUCUUGAGCACAGAAAAGACCCAGUCGAUUGGAAUGUAUAUAUUGCAAUGCGAAAAUGGAUUUCACAUCAUGAAAUUGGAUUGGAAUUUAGAGGUUUUGUCUAUGAAAGAAAGUUAUGUGCAUUAUCACAAUAUUUUGAUGCCUUAUAUUUUGAAGAUUUGCACAAAAACAAGAAUAUCUAUUUGGAAGCAAUUCAAAAGUUUUUUGAAGAAAAGAAAGGUCAAAUCCCUUAUGAAAAUUGUGUUUUAGAUUUUUUGGUUUUGAAAAACAAUAUAUCCAUCGCAAACGAAGAAGAAACACCUCCUCAACCCCCAACCACCUUAGAUAGCUUAACAGUACAAGUGUUAGAAUUCAAUCCAUUCAAUAAGUUUACCGGAAGUGCCCUAUUUUCAUGGAUUUCUGAUGCGGAUACAUUGCAUGGAAGAAAGCCAUUCGAAUUUAGAAUUAGAGAGAGUCCUCUUCCUGCAUUGAGAAGAGUCCAACCCACAAUGACAUUGGUAAAUGACAAUGGUGGUGAUUAUGUCACAUCUCAACAAAUGAUCAUGUUUAACUUAUUUAAUGUGCAAGAUGAAUCAAUUUUGCAAGAACAUGGAGAUUUGAUUACCAUGGUAGACGACUUUAUGAACAAUGAUCUAGAACGAAUUAAUUCAAAUCUGAGAUAUGUUUUGCAAAAAACGACCAAGGAAACUGCUCUCGAAAGGUUAGCUUUGAGUGAGUAA